AUGGUUAGACUGUGCGAGAAUCGUAAGCGGGCGGGCGGCAAGCUUUCAGCCCCCCUCCAUGAUGGCGGGCGGGCGGCGCGCGCGCUCUCACCGCAGUCCCAGCGCGGCGCACCUCGCGACACCAUGCCUCCUCUGUGGAUAUUACUCGUGCUGCUCCCAGUACUCGGGGGAGCAGAGAGAUUUAACUGUCGAGGCCGAAUUCUUGGCGCCUACUAUGCUGACGCGAAAUCUGGCUGCAAAGCAUUCCAUGUGUGUGUGAGGGUAGCAGGCGGUGGCAUACGAGACUUCAGGUUCUUCUGUCCGCCUGGGACAUUGUUCCACCAAGAGGCCCAGACGUGUACAGACUGGGGUGACGACGACCCACUCGCCUGUCCAGCUGACAUCUACGACGGUCAGUUCGAUCUCUACAAGAUUGGAUCGGGUUUUGACACGAAGAAAUUAUCGUCUCCCACUCAUCGUGAAGAAGAACCUGAUUUUGGUCUACAGCGCGCUGAGACCGGAGAUCGUCGUUUGUCACAAAACAAUGCAGCUUCCGACCUUCGCGCUGCGCAUUCAUCUGACUUCUUCAGUGGACAAAGAGACCGUGGUCGUGACGACCCCGCACCUCAAGAAAACGUGCCUAUACAACCUGCUCGAUCUUCGUCUACUCGCCAAUCGUUCCGAAGAAUUGCUUCAACGCGAGCGCCAUCUUCAACUAUUCAAUACACCAACCCGCCUCCAACACCUUCAUCACAAUCGUCAAAUCUACCACAGUACGACCCUAAUUCAAAACGCAAGCUUAUAAGAAAACGACCAGUUUAUACGUCCACUCCUGUUCCAACGACCACUUUUGUGCAAAGUACUCAAGCUCCUCAAUCGUUCUCUGAUCAACCACAGCAAAACUUCAAUCGCAAAGUUGCACCACAAAACAGACAGACUUUACCUCCCGUCAACAUACCACCACAGUUCAAAGAAUACAAAGAUGAAUACGUAGAAGUCAAUCGAGUAACUCCUAAACCUAAUAAAUACUUCCAAAGUAAAUCACCUCCCCCACAAUUCUCACAAUCGUCACCUUCACCUAAUAACUAUAAAGAUAACGGUCUCGUAGAACUUUACAAUAUUGAUGCACAGUCUACACCCGGUCUUAAUACACAAGCGGACACGCGACCUUUUAAAGUACAAAAUAGCUUUACUGUUUCCGAGACACCAAGAGAACCAGAUUUUGUGCGUACAAGGCCAAAUGUUAACGCAAACAAUAAUAACAAUAUACAAAGGAAUAAACCUACUCCUACCAAUGUUGAUUUCAAUAACGUAGCAUCUCAUAGUCCUACUACUAAUACUCCUGCCUUCAAAAACUUUAACAGUGUCUCUUAUGAACCGGAGAAAAAUAAUUUUGUAUCAUAUUCAAAACAAAACUAUUUCCGUCCUACAACCACACCGUCAACAACGUUUUACACGACCACAACGCGUCCAGAAUUACCUGCUAACUUGAAUACAGUGGCGUACAACACUAAUAUUGGUUUUAACACCCCAAAUGCUAAUUUCGCCGAGAGCGAUGAGGAUGACGGUCAGUACAGACCACCACAAGGAGAGGAUGAUGGACAAUACCGACCGGAACUUUACGAACGAGAACUUCUUUCUGGAGCUCAUUCUUUAAAUAUAGCUGCUAGUGGCAAUCGUCUACCUGAAGAUCAAAAGUCUCGUAGCAAAACGCAACCACCACCUAAACAAUUCGCACAAACUGCUGCUCCUAGGCCAUUCAGACCAGCACAGACACCAACAUCGCCAUCCACACAACAAACACCUGAAAGGACUUAUCCCACAACCACCAGACCUCAAACACAACCACAUACUCAACGUACUUUCGAUUACUUCCAAACGUACACAACAACGUCGCGACCCAGUGAUUUGCCAGUAGAUCCAUUCAGGUAUGAUACAGAGACUAGAGCUCCAGUAUCACCUGCACUCCAAACACGACCACCUCCACCCCCUGCACCCCAAACCCGUCCACCAGCACCGCCUGCACCCCAAACCCGACCACCAGCACCGCCUGCACCCCAAACCCGACCACCUGCACCACCUGCACCCCAAACCCGUCCACCAGCACCGCCUGUACUCCAAACCCGACCACAUGCACCACCAGCACCCCAAACCCGUCCACCAGUACCGUCUGCACCCCAAACCCGACCACCAGCAUCACCUGCACCUCAAACUAGACCACCUUCACCGCCUUCCCCACCGACAUUAGCCCCGUCACCCCCACGCCCUUCAACACGCCCGCCCUCAUUCGCUAAACCAUCUAACAAUAAGGAAGAUACUAGCUACGAUUAUGCGUAUUACGACUCUGAUCCAGGCUUCUCAGAAUACGAUCAUAUAGAAGAAUUCGGUAGAACUAAAUCGAAGGCAUAAUAAAAAUAUGUCUUAAAUUAAUUCCACUGCCAUUAAAUUAGUCGCCUCUUUGGAUAACGCUUAAAUUUUUUUAAACUUUUGGAAUAAAGUCUCGAUUUCGAUUAUUAUACAAAUUAAAUUUUAUUGUUAAGUCCGUACUUCCAGUGAACAUUUAAAUUAUGAAUAGAGAUAACUCUUAUGAAUCAUUAAUGUUACAGUAAAUAUCUAAAGAGGCUUUUUCAGUAGUUACCCUAAAUUAUUUGUGAUAUUAUUAUUGACGUUUAUUGGAAUAAGUCGUUAUAUAUUGUCUUAGUUCACAAAAUGUAAUAUGUAAAGGUAAAACCAUUAUCUUAAAAUGAUAUAAUAUCAUUUACUGUUCAAGAUCUUUGCCAGUUGGUACAUGUAGACCGAAAGUUAAUUCUUAGGCAAUUUAUUUUGCAUUUGCCAACAGCUUUAUUUUGCUGGUACUGUUUAAUUUUAUUUCCUAUGUACAAUAGUUUAAGUUAUAAUGAUAGGUUGUAAAAUAUUACACUGUAAAUAAAGAUUUAAAAACAAUGGGUGUCGUAAUGUAAUCUGUGUCACUUCCCAAACGACAAGGCUUGGGAACCAGCUGCAUAAACGACGUGUGCGUGAGUUGUUUGAGCAUAGUAAGCUCUACGGAAAUUUGCAUAAUAAUUAGAUAGAUACAACCAAGAUAUUCUUUUAUAUUUGUUUUUUAGGAAUUUAGGAAACAAUUGUGAAAUAGGUAACUGAAAUUUUCUUUUAAAAUUUUAUAAUGAUUCUUUUU